AUGUUUUUCACCACCGUUGCUACCAUCGUUUCUGCUGUUGCUGUUGCUUCGGCUACCGAAGACUCCUGUCUAGCUCUAUGUAACAAGGUUGAUGGCUGUAAGACUGCCAAGUACGGCUCGUAUUGCAAGGCUUGGAAGGAGCCCGCUGUUUGUUUCGGUCUAGUGAGAAGAGAUGAUGGUUCUUAUUGCUUCCAGCCUACCGAUAAAGAUUGCUCUGGUGCAUCAAUCAGUUGUGAUGCCGGCGUUAUCCCAACAACUGUUGCUCCUGCAACUACCACUAUCACUACUGCUGCUCCGGUGACUACCACUACUAGCACAACAUCAAAGUCUACCAUCGCUACUACGACUACGGCUAAGCCUGCUACUACUAGCAGUACGACCCAGACCCCUGUGACUACGACUACUACUGCUACCACUUCCCCAACCACGGUCAAGUCUACUACUAACACCCAGGCUCCUACCACUACGACUACCACGACCACAACCACAGCCAAGCCUACAACCACGACCCAGUCUCCCACCACUACGACUACCACGACAACGACCACUGCUACGCCCAGCACCACGACUUCAACAACUACCACUACUACGACUACUACGACUUCAACAACUACCACUACUACGACUACUACCAAGUCUACCACGACGACUCAGGCUCCUACCACUACUACUACGACCACCACUCCCGUCUUCGGUGGUCAUUUCUGUGGUAAGGUGAUGGGCCAGAGCUUCGACAUCGAUUUCACCGAUGGUCAUGCCACUAUCAAUGUCGCGGGUAUGAUGAAGAUGCACGCUGAUUACAAGGUCAACGGUUCCGAGAUGGAGUUCUUCAACUAUGAUGCUACUCUGACCAAGUUGAUGAAGAUGAUGCACAUCGAUGCCGUUAAGGCCACUAUCGUCGAUGCUAACGACGUUCAUGUCACCAUCGGAUCUCUCAUAGAUACUACUGUCACUAGGUGCUAA